UUGUUCCUGCGCGCCGUGCCCGCCCGCACCGCUGCGCCUCCCGCCGCUGAUGCCUCUACCUGCGAGGUAACGCUCACAUUGAGCUGCGGCGCACCGCGCGGCGCCUGGCGCGCCUGCUGCGUUAUUGCCGCGCGCCGCGCCCGCCCCGCGCCCCGCACCGCCGCGCCCCUCGCUGCCGUCGCCGCAAUCAGCCAGGUAACGCUCACAUUGAGCUGCGGCUCGCCGCGCGGAGCUUGGCUGCCGGCUGAGUGGCUGCCGCCCACCGCGCCCGCCUGCGUCGCCAGCACCGACGCGCCUUCCUCCACCACGGUCGCAACCAGACAGAUUGGAGCGCUACAAUCUGAAUUAUAA